AUGCCGGCUCAAAAUUUUAAAAAGCUUUUAAUUUUGGAUUUUGGCUAUCCGAUGGAUAAAAAUACAACAGAAGUAAUUAAAUUAUCAUUGCAAAAUGUUAUUGCUUUAAUGAACAUUUACUCCGUUAAUCCGCGCCUUCGGGCAUUUGGAAUAUCAAUAGUAAAUUCCAUUUGUAAAAAUCCCGAUAAUGUUAAACUAACUGUGCAAGAAUAUCAAAAUUCAUUGAAAGAAUCUAUGGAAAAUUUGUUGUUAAAGAUAAAAGAUAGCAAUGAAGCAUCAACUUCUUUGCAACAAAUAACAUCGAUAAUUGACUUGAUAAUUAAAGACACCCUUAAAAAAUUAUUGAAAAAAAUCGAAUUCGAAGGAUUAAUAGAAAAAACAAAAUUCACGAUAAUUCAAAUUACAAAUGAUGCAGGAAAAACAAAAAUGAUUAAAAGUUUAAAUUUUGAAACUAUUUUGUGUCAAGAAAAUGAUUUUUUUUUUAAAUUGGAACAUGAUCAAGAAAAUUUACUGAUAACGAUAUCGAAAGAAAAAAAUUUGAUAAUUAAAUGCAAUUUAGAUGAUUGUAUUUUUAAUCCUUCACUUGUUCAAAACGGUUUUAAAUUUUCAAAUGAUUUAAUGUUGAAAAUAUUUUCAGAUAAUUCACUUACUGAUAUUAGUAGUUAUUACUCAAUUGUUAAUCUUGAAAUACUAUUUAAAAUUCCACUGUCUGGUUUAUGUCCGACAUUUGUUUUUGGCAAUUCUCAAAGAGUUUUUCCAACUAAAAAUUAUUUAUUAAAUUGGACCGAAUUAAAUUUAAAUGAAAAAAUGUUUAUGGUUCUUUGCAAAAAUUUGUCUGACGCGGAACAAGGACUUUUGACGCAAGAUAAAUUUUAUUUUGAAAAAUUUGGUCUCACCGUUUAUUAUUUUAUAACAUCGGAUGGUAAUUUAUUACUGUUGAAUUGUGUUGCUCCCGAAGAAUUAUAUUUCCCUAUUAGUUUACGUUAUUUGGCGCGAACCUCGUACGACGAUUGCGAUGAAGAAUACGAAAUAUGUGACCGUAAUGUGAAAAAUUCAUUGAGCCAAAUAAAAAUUUUAGAUUUGUAUUCUCCGGAAAAAUUUUCAUCGGGACUUUACGAUUUUUUAAGAAAUCGUCACUCACACGCUGCAACAAAAAAAAUUUCCAAAGAUGAAGGAACGUUCGAAAAACAAAAAGGACGGAAAAUUACAAAUGGAAAAAAUGAAAUAAUAAUUUCUUGUAAAAAACGCAAAACGAACUCUCAACCCAUAGACGAAUCUUACGGCAAGAAAAAAUUAUCGAAAGACAAAAAAUUAAAAGCUGUUAAUGUACAUCCGGCAUUACUAUCUCCCAAAACGAAAAAAAGAUAUAAAAAAUCAAAUUUUUACAACGGACAGUUACGAGAACUAUCCUUGUCCUCAAUAUGCAGAAAUUUUAAAGUUUUUAAAAAGAUGAACAAAAGUUCGAAAAUUCUACACAUAACCGAAUACUAA